GGCUGGGUCAAGAUGGCGUUCAAUCAACCUCUGUUACCCGUGCUGCCGGUUGCGCGAGAAUUGAUAUCGAAAUCGAAGUGGAUGGCUCACAAAGGCACUCAUAUGCUUGAUCUCCACGAUACCGGGAAGGGUCGCAAGGUCAAGCAACAGACCGAAGGAGAAUCAAGCGGCCGCACUCUGCAGUUAACUGCACGGCGUAGGGUCAUGUCGGCGCCCAAACGUGCAGAGACUCGUGACGAAUCCAGUAGCAACCUACUGGCCGGUGCUUCCUCCGCUACGGUUGACCUUGAUCCCCGCUUCGACUCUCCUGAGCGCGGAUAUCCUGAAAGGCCGAUGAGCCGCAUUCGCCAUCGAAUCCUUAACAUAUUCCGCCAUGGUCCCUCGAAAUCACGUCGAAGUCUUGAUUCUGGUAGAGGGGCUGCAUCCUCCGCGAGUUUGCAUCGCCCUUCUGAUGAGGCAGAACGACGCACGUCCGUGGACAACGGAGCAAAACGCGAUGCAUCAUAAGCCCCAGAAAAUCCUCUUUGUACAAUGUCAAUACCGUUCCGUUACUCUUGCUUUGCUUUCAUUCUAUC